AUGACACGAAAUCUCACUACUCUUGCAGCGUUAAUUUUAACGGCAACUACUGUUGUAUAUAUUGUACAUCAGAAAUACGAUCAGCCACUGAAUCUUCUAAGUCUAUGUAAAGAACCAUAUCCUGAAGAGUCCACUGACUCCUGGACUAGGGAGUAUUUUGCUACACAGGCAGCUUCUAGAAUACGUGGUUUGGAGAGCAUUCGAAAAACGACAAAAAGUUAUUUGAACCUGUAUAAUGCAAUUGUUCCAGAGGUUUUUUGUCGCAAUCUCGUUCGAAUAGGAAGCGUUUUGGAUGGCGGUAAAUGGGUUUGUAAUCCAAUAGCGAUGUUGAGGAAGAACUGCAGUAUAUACUCAUUGGGGCUGCAUGAAGAGAUCUCUUUCGACCAUGACAUACAGGAAAUCAACAAUUUUAGUUGUCGAAUAUAUGGUUACGACAUGGUAAAACAAUCGUCUGCUACAGUGCAACGGUAUCAUGCUAUAAACGGCGAAGUUGAAGCUCUUAAAAUAGGUCCAAAGACAAAUGCGUCGGACAAUAUGUACUUUCUUGGUGAUCUCGUUUCACGCAACAACGAUAAACACGUGGAAUUUCUCAAAAUCGACAUCGAAGGUGCCGAGCACAAUUCUCUCAUUCCUUUUUUAGAGAUAUACAAAGUUUGUCAAUUAUUUGUGGAGAUUCACGGCGCACCAUUAGAACAUGUAACUUUGCUGCAACAAAUAGCUCGAUUGGACUACGCUCUAUUUUCGUACGAAGUGAAUGGAGGGUACAAAGAAUAUUGUGAAUACUCAUUUAUACACUACAGCUGUAUGUCUCAAUACGGAGUUACUAAACUUCACCUUUACCUAAAAUUUGUGAAUGCAUCGACGAGUUAA